AUGCCUCGAUCGAUGUUAAAAUGUUUUUCAACGAUUUGUAUUUUCCUGUCAUUUGCAAUUUUUGUUUCUUUUCUUGAUCGCGUUUUCAAUAGUUUCAAUAGCUCGAGGCACAAACCAGUGACUAAAAGUACAAACUACGAUGAAUAUGAACGUAUUGUGCCAGCUAAAGGGGGAAGCCCUAGCUAUUCGAUUGCUAGAGACAAGAAAAGUAUAUUGACUGGAAUUGCCAACAAACUGGACAUCAACUCAUUACGAGAGAAUAAUAAUUCGUCUAAGACUAAGCUGAUGGGAUUAGAAUUUCAACAAAGCUUGGACGUGUUUAAACGUGACUGGUGCCGACUGCAAAAAGCUAGAUUAGAUUGGAAAGAAAUUCUUCGUCCUUGUUUAAAUUUAACCGUCUGGUCACCAAUAAAACCAGGAUUUGGAGUCAAUCAGAUAACAGACCCUAGCAAGAGUUUUAUUUCAGGGUGGAACAUAAAAGCAGCCGGAGAAUUCAGCCGAUUUGUUAUUCAGACGGUAUCGGCAGGUAAUGUGGAAAAAACUAUCGGAGGAGACUCAUGGAGAAUUCAUAUUCAAGGUCCGUCGUCUUUGGCCCCAACCAUUUUUGACCACAACAAUGGAACCUAUGAGGUUUUAUUUCUUAUAAUAGAGGAUGGAGAUUAUGAAGCUAAAAUCUUCUUGGAUUACAGCCUUUGCCACGGAUUCAAAGAUCCCCCUCCAUAUUGGUUCAAAAAAGGUAAAAUAUUUUUAGGUCAAAGUGAUCAAAUUCGCACAUAGGCUCGGUGUCUCGAUGCCCCACCGCGCCCGGGCACAUCGAGAUAACCAAGGCUGGAGAUUGAGUAUACUUCGUUGACAAACUGAUUAAUAUUUUGGAACUAUAAGCCGGCCCCAGUAGAGUUUUAUUGCUAAAAUUUGCCAGUUAAGCCACCUCUGUACAAAAAUCGUUAAGCCUAAAAUCUGGAACAGGUUAUUAUUUUCUCAUAAAAUCUACAAAACGAUUAUAAUUAUUUACACUUAAGGCGAAUAAGAUAAGUCAGCACUCCAACUGCAAUUGUAAUGGUAUACAGGUUUUACCUAAGGAAUGAGCUGACUUAUCACUACGUACUGUCAACUACAAUGUACUAUUAGAUUUCCUUCAGAAAAUAAGAAGCUAAUUAAGAGUCUGAAGGCCUAAAUUUGUGCUUAUUACCAUUUUAUGUAAGAACCCGCAUGUUUAGGCAGUGGAAAAUGUAGGUUAAUUCUUAGUGGCGGGUCAGUUUUACCCCUGGAGGGUUUCAGUACUGUAGUGUACGGCUUCAGUUUUUGCUACCUGCCAACAAGCCCCAUUCAUUUUUUAGGUUUGUUUGGUUACUUGUUUCAAAGUCAAUGAAUUGUUAAGGGAACAGAAAAGCAGGACAGUAUAUUCCCCGUACACCAUGUGGCUGCUCGAAUUAAAGAGAACUUGGCAGGAAAUUUAGAUUAUUAAUUUUUAGACGAAAGCCUGACCCAGUAAAAUCAAGACCAAGAGCCUGCAUUUUUGCAAGUUAGCCUAAACAGGUUCUUACAUAAAAGAUAAUUAGUACGUCAAAUGUAGGCUAUUUAGGUUCUUAAAUAGGUUCUUAUUUGUCUGAAGAAAAAAAUAUAUUACGUCAAAUUUAGGCUAUUUAGGUUUUUAAAUAGGUUUAUAUUUUUCUGAAGAAAAAAAAAUUUAUUGCGGAAAGUAACCUGAUAUAGCCUUUAUGUAUGUACGUUUAUUGUCACCCGUAUACGUUGUUUACUCAUCAUUGACAUCAUAGCAAGUCAUGGUCUCUAGAAAUUAAGUGCGACAGUGUAUGUUUAUUUUUAAAUUCCGCAUCAGAACUGGCUUGGUUUUUCAUUAAAAGUAAUAGACCCUUGAUUUGGAUCAAUCCGAGAUCGAUGAAAAAAUGAAACCCCUUAAAACUAGUUACGUUGCCGAGUUUGAGGGUAAAUUAUUCUAUGGUGUGUGUGUGGGAAGGGGGCCGGGUAUAGUUUGCCGGCCCCUACCAACUUGCUGAAGAAAUUAUCAGUUCACUAAGAUAAUUCAACAUGUGACUGAGGAUAUUCCUUUUUUUUUCCCCUUAGGCAAUUCCCAAGGUAAAAAUCAACCUGAUGGCAUCCUUAAAGGGGACCGGCCUUACUUAAUAGCUCCUUUCAGGGAUGGAGAGAAGGUGACUUUUCAUAUUCCUCCAUCAACGAAUAAUCUGCGAUACAGUAAGUCAGGACUGAUCAAUUGCAACUGCCGAAACAAUUUAAAACAAACAAACAGCACGGAAAGUGAAUUAUUAUCCUUCAAACUCUAGUGGGUUGAAUACGGUAUGCGCGAAGGACCAGCUGCAUGAAUAUUGUUGGCGCGGUCAUUCAUGGUAUAGGGAAAAGUAUUCAUUUUGCAUAUCUAUACAAUUACAGAGAGUUUGUUAUGUGAACGUAUAUAUAUUGUACCUGGCCAAGGCCUGUUGCAUGGAUAAGCCGAUGAUUAUUGUACGUCAAUGGGAGCUGGCUAUCCAGCCUCCUACACAGACUUUCUUGGGGCUUCUUCGCGCCUUCCUGCAAGGGAGACUACUAGCUAUCCAAAAGUUUGAUUCACCCCUUACCCUUUGUACAGACAUCCUUUUUCUAACGGACACCUCCAUAAGACAGACACCUCGCUAAAACGGACAAUUAGAGUUGAAUCCUUCCUUUCUUUACUCUCUUUGAUUGACUCUCUCUGAGACGGACACAUAUAGUGCCGGUUAUUCUCUAAGACACUUUUGUCUUAGAGAGAGUCUAGAGAAUUGUCUGUCUUAAUUCUAGAGAGUCAGCUAAAAGGAUCACCAACUCUAGGUGUCCGUCUCACAAAGGGUGUCCGUUAAUAGAGAGUUGAAUGUAGCAAAUGAAACAUACCUCAUGACAGACGCAAAUGGAAGCGCAAGACACGUACGCCUGACAAACGUUCCCUCGUGUGUUUAUCACAUCAAUGAUAGAAAAUUGAGGUCUGCGGGAAGACUGCUUUUAUACUCAUAAAAUGGACUUCAACCCCUUCAAACCAAACACCUUAUACAGUUUCAAUAGAAAUAUUCCUGCUUGCUAAUUUUUUGUACAUGAAGUUGCUGAAGCUGGAUACAGCACUCAAUUAACCGGACGCUAUUAGUAUACGGAAACGAUCCGUUUCCUUGUGAGCGACAUUAAUUCUCUUUCUUAAUCAUAACUUAUUUUGAAUCUCUGAAUAAAUAGUUGACGCCUUGGUGAAAGUUAACUACACAUGUGACGCGUCAUGUAGAGCAAUGAUCUGGGAUGGAUUUGGUAGAUGGGUCAAUGGGCAAUGGAAGCCUUACAUUAAAGGUAAGUGUCUCGUUUGCAUGACGAUAUUUUAACUGCAUGAACAACGAAAUUAGGCUGUAUCAAGUAAACACAGUAGCCUUGUUAUCGCCAUGAUAAUUUAUAUAUUUAGCCAAGGCUAAAAGCCAAGCGUCCAUUUAUGUACUUUUAAUUUACUUAAAAUAAAAAAAUCCAGAAAUUUAAACUUAGCUGAUUUUAAAACAAAAAGAGAAAAGUAUAGAUCAAAUUCAAUCACAGUAAUAGUUUUGGAAAGGAAUUGUGACCCAUUCGUGUGUGUCUGACCCACCCCCGCCCUCCCCCUCUCUUAUAACAACACCGCUUUGAGAAGCUAACAGAGAUUACAAGAGGAUAAUUAACCUUUAUCAGGAGCCGGGCUCCUGCCUUUAUCCUCUCGUGUUGAAAUUUAAUUUUUUAUUUAAGCCUGCAUGGUUUUCAUAUGUCGGGAAAAUCCCAGACGAUCUGGGAUUUUACUGUUUCCCGACUGUCCCAGAUUUUGCCGAAAGGCUGGUUGUCAUUCACGAAUCUGGUUGGCUGCGUCCAGUUUAGUUAAUGGUUAUAGGUCAAUCUUUUCGUCUCAAAGGGAUUCUACCCAAAUGGUAAAUUAGGCCAUUGAUUUUUUUUUGUUUAGAAUAUGUAUUCUUUGCAAUUAGGCUGUAUCAAGUAAACUCAGUAGUUGUAAUGUUUAUUGUUAUCGCCAUGAUAUCAACACAUCUCGUUGUUGUUUACAGACAUCAUUUUAAAGGAUAAUAGAAAUCAAGAAGGUAUCUUCUUCAGUUUUGGAGAUUCCGUUUCUAAUAUGUUUCUCAGCUCCCUUACAUCUGGUCCUUACCGUAAUCUGUGCAAGAAGACAUUUAUCGCCUGUCGACCUAUUUACCACUGGGUGUACGACAUGGCAAAAUACUGGGGCGAUGGCGUCAAAUCACCAAGGGAACCUCUCCCUGAUGACGCUGAUUACGAUCACGAACGAGUUAUAAAUGACAUCAAAAAGGUAAGCUUUAAAUUUAAAAAGUAUAAGAUUGGAAAUUUUAAUACUCAUAAAUGGGGACUACGGUCAGUUUGGUUGCGGAACCUUGUUCCAUCAUUCCAUCAUACAAAUUGUAGCCGACGAGCAAGCUCUCCCGGAGGGACGCAAUGGCGCAGGGGCACUCAACGGCUGUUUUCUGUAAAAAGCAAAAUUGCCUAGAAUUUUCUAUAGCGUGAGGAAGGCUAAAACUUCUAGAUGACCUUUCUAUUCCAUAUUGUACAAUUUUCGUAGCAUAUCUUAUAUAUUCCCUACGAUUUUCUAAAGUUUAAAUUUUUGCAUUCCAGUCCCCAAGUAAGCCUACUUUCCGAAGAAAAAGGAAACCUUAAAUCUUCGGAUUCGAAAAUUCGAUGGACAGAGGAAUCAGAAAAAUUCUCACUUUCGUAAAACUUAAAAUUGCAUCUAAAAUUUUCGGGCAAAUAAUACUGAGGCCCUUGUAAUUUCGAAAAGACUUGAGUUGCCUCUCUUAGGACAACCGAACGGCUACAAAUUUUAUAGCGGCGCCGCUUAUAAUGCAUUUUUAAAGAUCUGAAAGUACUCCGGAUAGUCUAAAAAGUUUUUUAAUACAUUUAGGAGGAAACUGUCAUUGUUUGCCCCUGUUUGCGGCUGCAUGGGCUUUCCCCCCGAAAAAUCUUAAAGAUCUAAAUUGACCGGCAAUGAGAAACCCUGGCCGUACCUGUUGCAGGGGAUAGCCAGAACACGAUGCAAAUGGAGGACCUAAUAAUUUUUUAGUUGGUAUAGUCUUAUAUUCCUCUCAUUAUACCUCUCUUUACCGCUUUACAUCGCCUCAUUCAACGACCUAUAAACUUGUUUGUUUUGCAGACUUUGUUUAACCCGGAAAUAACUGAAAAGAGUGUAUUGAUGAUGAACAUGGGAAUCCAUUUUGCUGCUGCAGUGAAUUUUACUAAUUAUCAGCGAGUUAUCGAACAGUUAAUACGCCUGCUGAAGGAUGACGGCGAAAACAAACCUGCCAAAUAUAUCAGCAACUAUUUUAAGGGGAGGUUUUUAUGGAAAACGUCAACUGCCAUUCACAGGGAAAGAUUUCCAAAUCCACAUAAAGAUGUCCGUCGGUUCAUGACUUUUUCACGCGUUAAGUUGUUCAAUGCCUAUGCCCUUUCAGCCAUGUGUCGUGCUGGUAUUGACGUCAUAGACGUUCAUCCAAUCAGCGAAGCUUAUCCUGCUGGAACUGUGUCGCAGACCGAUCCUGUGCAUUAUGCUGAUAAUGUGUUUAGGGAUGUCGAGGGAUUGCUUUUUAAGAUGUUUAGUCCGUAA